AUGGUGGAAUCAGCACAAUAUGCCGUCGCGGAGAGGAGUCCGUCGCCGUACGUUAGCCAGAGUGAGAGUCUGAACUACUCCGCUAGCCAAGUUGCUGGAGCCGAGGGCUACUCGUCGGGCAAAUAUUCCGGAGGAAUCGGGGGGGGCUCUAUGCCGUCAUUGUACUCGCAGUUCGGGGUUAUGGAUUCUUCUCUACUGCCCGGAAUGAAGCGUCCUUCUGAAGGUUAGCGGUUCUAUUCUUCCUCUCAUCUUUUGCAAUGACUGGUGUUCAGCUUGGUUCGGUUGCCUUACUAGCUUUCCCCCCGUUAGCUCCAUCUUCUCUCUUCUUGUCACCGACAAUUUCAAUAAAAUUUAUUUCCCGAAGGAGUUUCCCUUUUUGUCGAGAAAAUUUCAAGAAAAUUUAUUUCCCGACAAGUAUGUUCUUCUAGAUCCUUUAAUGCAAAAAAUUUUGUUUUAGAUGAAGUCACCAGAGGGAGAGCAGAAUACAAGAUGUAUUGGAAGGCAUGUGGCAUUUGUUCCUUGGAUAAGAACCAUCCAAUACGUUGGAUGUUCGUAAACGCAAGUUAACGGGGACUAUUAAACAUUUUCAUGCAACUCCAAAGGUUUACAUUAGUCUGCAUGAAUUAUUUUCAUUAUCAUAAUCUUAGAGAAAGUAGAAGGGAAGGUGAUGUGAGGCCCGGUAUUUUUAGUCUUUUUGGUUCUGAAGGGUUAGCAUAUUGGAGUUUUUAUGGGUAUCACAUAAUGUAUACCUAAGAGAAGCAACUAUGAUCUCGUUGGAGCGGACGGAUUUAAUCCUUUAUGAAGUAAAAGAGACUUGAUUAGGAUCUCCAGGAGUCCCCUGAAUCGCCUGGAUUCAGGUUUUUGUGUUUUCUUGAAGAACCGCACUCUUCAAUAAUCCAGCUUCCUGACCAAAUUCACUGUUAAUAAGUAAUGGAGGACAACCUCAGGCCUUUUCUGAUGUUAGGUGGUGCCUAAACCUAUGACAUAUGGUACCUCUAAGACUUUCAUAUGUAAAUAAACAAUAAUGAUUCGUAUAAAAGAUUUACGUGUAUCAAUAUACAAAAUUCUCGUCAAACAGUUGAUCAUAGUGGAGGAGGAUUGCAUUAAAAACUCUCAAAUUUUGCAUGAACCGAUGAACAUUUUUAAAAAAAUCGUCAGAUUGAGGUUAAAAUUCUUAAUUAAUGAAUCGGGGGGCCUUAAUUGGAUGAAAAACUCUCCUAUCAAUAUGUGUGUGUGAGGCUCUCUCUCUCUCUCUCUUCUUCUCGCUCUCUCAGUGGUUUCAAUAGUUCACGUGAUGCACUAGUAAUUACUUCUACCUUGGCAUUCUGGCUUAGUUCGGAUUGGCUCUCUGAAUUACCAAUUUCUCAAAAAUAUAAGUGCUGACUUUCAGUCAGUUGUGAUGUUCACGAUGUGUAGAAUGGACCUUGUCUGUUUGUAUUUUACAAUGUAUUGUGAACUACACACAGACCUACAGCUUGCACUAACUUUGUGCAUACCGCCCUCUGUACAAGUGCUCGUGAUAUCUACAUUUCUGCCUUGUGUUUUAUUUUUCAAUCCCUCUUGUGAUUGUGAUUAUCUUAUUAAAAUGAAUAAUACAAUAUGUGUGCCUAUGCUAGCUUCAUUCUUAUGAUAUUUUUGCGUUAUCUAUAUAUAGCUCUGUUCCAUCAGACUCUCAUGGGAAAUCAUAACAGUAUUGGGCAAAACGAAGCUUUAUUUUCUACAAAUCCUUUGCUUAAGCGCCCUAGAUUCGAAAUUGGAAGUCAUCUGCCUAUUUAUCCUCAGCGACCAGGAGAGAAGGAUUGUGCCCACUAUAUGUUGACGAGAACGUGUAAGUUUGGAGAUAACUGCAAGUUUGAUCAUCCACUUUGGGUUCCGGAGGGUGGAAUCCCAGACUGGAAAGAGGUGAACAUCUAUGAUUAUGUUUAUAGUAAAUGGGUAGCAUUAUCAGUUUAUUAUGAUAUCUACAUAUUUUGUGGACCAUUCGUUCUUUAUUUUUAGUACUAUUAAUGACAUUAUUUAUUUUAUAUGGGCAGCUUAGGUUUUUUGGGUUUCUUAUUGGAAUGUUCUAUGUUAUUGAUGAAAGUAUAUCUUGUGAAUGGUUUUCCGCUGCAAGGAUAUAUUGAUAUAUCGUUCUCCUGCUUGUGGACAGAUGUGAAUUUGCUUCUUUCAUGUGAAUCUGUCUAUUCAGCUCUAACUACAGUAUUUAUGUUAAGUUAUUUAACAACUCUAUUUGACAUUUCAUCUAUCUACCCGCUGACAGUACAUAGUAAUUCUAAGGGCAUCUCUGUUUUAAUUUUUUUGGGUGCAUCGUGUCAUGGAUGGAAUUCAAUGAUACCAGCUUCGCUUGUUUGUGACAUCUAAAAUUCCUCAAUUCCGUAAGGAAAUACUCAAAACACCCUUACGUAAUUCCCUUAAUUUUUAGAGAAAGCAUACUCGCUACAAGAAAAUGCCCAUUCAUGUUGUCUUCUAUUGGAUCAGUUUCCUCUCUAUCUUCAUGUUACAGUUUAGCCUAUUUGAGGUAAGCAGUUGACUUUAACAAAGCCUUGAGAAUUCAAAUUACUUUGGAGAAGCCUGCCUCAAUCAGCUUGAGUUGGCAAUGCCCGCCAUUUGGGAAGGUUUUAGAUCAGAUUAAUUUGAUUUGUUGACAUCCACACACCAGAAGUUAUCUGAACCCAGUGUAUCAGCUUAGGAUUUUGCAGGUCCAGGCCCAGAUACAUUUUCUGAUAGUUGGGUCUAUCCUACUGGUAGGUUCGGGAAGUUGCCGAUUUGGAAGCGCUCAAAGGAGGCAUUGAAACUAUCAUGGUCGCAGAUCAUUUGUAGAGCUAGAGAGCAACCUUUUCGUUGGUGAUCAUUGUGUAAUUAAAGUCCCGCUUAAUGCACUUCAAUGGAUACUUGUUGGAUCUUCGGUGAACCCAAGAAGAUAACGUCACUAACAUUGCGCUGCUUCCUUUGUCGAUUGUAGGGCAGGUCGAUUGCUUGGGAUCCAAGGGAGAAUGGAGAUGAUGAGGAGCAGUCUGCUGUGGGGUUGGCAGGGAGGAAGAAUGGUGGAAAUGAGGAGGAGGAGGAGGAGGAGGAGGGGUCUAUUCUGCUGUGGGGUUGCAAGGAGGAAGAAAGGUAAAUGGAUUACAAGAUUUUGUCUGUUUCCUGGACGACGCGGUAGCUGGAAGCCUCAUUGACCUGUGUGAAAGGAAGGAUUUCUGAGGUCAUGGAACGCAAUGGGUUCUCUGCAGGGUGUUGAUGAUAGCUGCAAAUGAUGAGGUGGAUCAGGGAAGGAAUAAGAUGAGCAUGGCAUAACCGGUCAGGGGGCUGGAGGCAUUUAGUCAUGUUGAAGGGUUAGGUUUUGAGAAUCUACAGAGAUGUAAACUGUGUGAUUUUUCGGGUGAUAGUCAUUUAUGUGGAGGAAGUUAUCUUGGGUGGGAAUUUGUGAGGGGGAUGGGGUGUUUCAACUUGUCAGGGAGGAGAAUAAGUUACUUUUCUUUGCUUUUCUGAAAAAUUCCCGGGAUCAGAGUAGAUCUUUUGUGUUUCUCCUUCUUGUGAGGACUGCGGAUAGGAAAUUGGGCUUCUUUAUUUUUAUAGGAACUUUAGCCUAAUCAAAAUUUAGUGGUAUUGAAUAUCCCCUUUUUUCGUGAAAGUUUUAAAUUUUCUUAGGUAUAUAUAUACAUAUGCCACUUGGCAGAAGUGACAUCUAUGAGACAGGCCAUCAUUUUUUUAUUGAAUUUAUCAAUCUUUUCUUUCAUAUGAAAGUUUAUAUGGUGUAUAAUUAGAAAUUUCUCAUUAAGGAUGGCCAUCAGCCACCCGUUUUUUUUUUCUCUUUCUUUCUCUCAACUUCGCACCCGUCACAGACGCUCACACCUUAAGUAAAUAGAAUGUGAGGGAUGACCAUUGCUAAGUUCAGUUGAAUAGGUACGAACUUGUUUUGAACAUCAGAUUAUAUAUAAAAUUGUAUUAUAUAUGUUUCUGUUACUUCUUGGUGGCCCUGGAUGGAAAGUUUAUGAUGCCUGAAUCAAACUGUUUCAAUACUGGAGCAUCUGAUCAUCCAAUUCUAAGUAUGAUUGGCAGUAUGUUGUCUUAGACAUGAUUUUUUUGGUGUUUGCAUUUGUUUCUCUGAGACUCUAUUUAUGCUGUUUUGGCGCCAGGUUCAUUAUUGUCUUUUCUUCUAGUUCAAUCCAAGAAGUGGCCUUUAAAUCGCCAGCAUCACUUCUCUUUUGAAUUUUUUCAUGGAUUUCUCUGGCUUUAUUCCUAUGGCCGAAGUGUAUGAUUUGGGCCCCAUUCGCGUGAUCAGAAGGUGAAUUAUUUGUUAAAUCAUGUUGGUUUUCUUCAUAAAGAUGAAGUGUUCAACGAGUGUACAAGGUUUCAUUGUGUCAUGCUUAAGGGAUUAAGGGGGCCAAAAAUCGAUAUUAAAUAUGUGUUAUUUCCACAGCCGAGAAAUGUGUGACCGUGCAGUUGUAGUAAACUUGACCAUCUACGUAAAUGAUAAACUACUUGCAGAGAUUAUUCAAUGUAGCAGGUUAGGACUAAUCAAUUUAACGUAAUUUUUUUGGUGAAUUAUUCAAUGUAGACUAUCCUCUGCCCCGUCUUAUUUUUUCCCCAGUGCUGCACGGUUUGUAAUGGCCUCUGAUUUAGGGAUGUGUAUGUGGUGAAUGGUCGAUCAUUAUGGACCAUUGACUUCUCUAAUUGACCAUAGCCUUUUAAGAAUUGAAUUGAUUCAAUAUAUAUCUCACUCCCUUGAAUCAUGUGUCUGCUGCCUACCACCAUUACUAUCCUGGGCUGGUUUGAACGCAUAGCCUUGGGGGCAUUGUGGUGAUUAUUGUUGCCAGCAGACGCACGUGAUAGAUUAUGCAGAUAAAAUUUGUGUGGGGAAAACAGCUGGAGAUCCCUUAAGAUACUUCGCUACUUCAGAUUCCUUCUGCUAUGCUGAUUUUAUUUUUCCCUCAUUACUUGUUUUAACCAUGUGAAUAAUAUGGAAACUGACCUGCAAAUUUUUGGAGUAAUAUGCUUUAUUUGAUUUCCCCAAACAAUUCAGUCUACUGAUUUCGGAAAGUUUGCAAGUAUAUUCCUAUCAGUGUACAUUUGUAAAUAUUGUGUUGGCCCUUGUCCAGACCUCCAUUAUACUAGUUUCUUGUGAGUUAAUUCUUUUUAUUGGCAGGUUCCGGUCGUUAAUGCUCCUGAAUCUCUUCCUGAGCGGCCAGGUGAACCAGAUUGUCCGGUAUGUAAAACUCCUCGUUAAUAUUUUGGUUUAGUCUUGUCAACUUUUAGUAUACGUUUAUUAAACAUGAAAUUUUUAUUUUAUGAUAAAAUUGAUCACAGAAGCGCAAAACGUUCAUAUAUAAGGCUUAUAAGUUUAUAUAUUCAUGUAGGAUGUGGGUUUUCCUUUUUUUCCUUUUUCCUCUCUUCUCCAUGUCUAGCACAGAAAACUGUUGGAUAUGGAUUGUCUUUCGCAUCCUACUGUCUGCCUUAAGCCAAUUUGCCAUCAUUUGAUUGUUGCUCGAAAUAGUUCCGAGGACAAUCCGUUUCUCCCUUGUGAUAACUAUCUUUUGUCGUGAUUCAGUACUUCAUGAAAACUCAGAGAUGCAAGUUCGGUCCCCGGUGCAAGUUCAACCACCCCAAAGAUAAGGUAGUGCAGCAAUGUCAUAUCUUAUUGAUAUUUCUGUCUCUUUUUUAUUGCUCUUACUUUUUUCAUACAUAGCAGCAGGUUUCUGAAAUGGCUGAUGUUUCCGUGUUGCCUGAAAGACCAUCUGAGCCGAUAUGUUCGGUUAGACAUCUUCUCAUGUAUUUUCAUUAGAUUCAUAUUUUCCAUUCCUUUAACUUCUCAUUAUUCCCAUGGCGUUUUAUUUCACAGUAUUACGCUAAAACUGGAAAAUGCAAGUUUGGUGCGAACUGUAUUUUCAAUCAUCCAAAGGAUCUUCAAUUACCAUCAAGUGGACAGGAUCCUGUAAGUGGGGAACAGGCAGAAACUACGGUCAAUGAUGGAGAAGCGAGUGGUGAAUUCAAUGCUGAGAAUCCACUUUCUUUUACACCAGCAUUAUUGCACAAUUCUAAGGGACUACCUGUGCGACCGGUACUCACCUAAGCCAUUAGAUUUAAUAAUCCUUGUCGUUUUAUGCAGAACAAUAGAAUAGUUGUUGAUGAUCAAGUGUUGCCCCACGCUGAAAAUUACACAUUCCUUGCAAAUAUAACCAAAGAUCUCAUGCACCUAUUUGUUACUUGAUUAUUCUGCAGGGUGAACAGGAUUGUCCUUUCUAUCUCAAGACUGGAAGGUGAGACUUUGUUAUCCUUCUCAUUAGGUGCUUGAUAGUUUACCAGCAUGGAAUUUCUAUUGUGCGCAAGUUUUUGAACUAUCCACGUUCUCUAAUGCUUCUUUUCAUUUUUGUGGAUCUAACAGCUGCAAGUAUGGAGCGACAUGCCGAUACAAUCAUCCAGACAGAAAUGGUAUGUUUUUAUGGAUGUCAUUUUUAUCAUGUCGUUUACAGUGGCUUAUAAGGUAAAAGUGAUAUAUAUAUAUACAUAUAUGUUUAUUUUUUAUGUUGGUUAUAUGAUGCAGCGUUCAAUCCGAUUGCUGCUUCUGCCUUUCUUCAUUCUCCAUCUGCUAAUCUGUCUAUCGGAGUCAUAAAUCCUGCUGUUUCACUUCUGUCAAACAUUGAUACCCGUUUUUCCCAAACUAGUGUAAGUAUGUAGAUAUGAUGCAUCUUUUUUUACCAUUUUUUCAUUAUUCUUACCAUACUUAUCGGACUGUUGGAAGAUUUAACUUUUACCCCUCCCCCCUUUGGCAACGCAGCUAGGCGUGGGCCCAAUUCUCUAUCCACAGCGACCUGGACAAACGGAGUGUGAUGUAUGUAUCUUUUAUUGCAUCACUUCUCAGUUUUCUUCUUGCGUGGUCUGAAUUAAUCAAAUAUUGAAUGAGAGACAAAAUUAACCAGUUUCCUAUAGUCAAACUGGUCCACUAGGCUCUAUGUCAACCUGCAUAUCUCUCACUUGUUCAUUAGCCAGUUGAACGGUAAUAUACAUCUGUCUAUUUAAAGUUGCAUAUCUGUCAACUUCUUACUGUCCAGUCUGUCUCAAGAGGGGAAAAACUUUGAUGGAAAUCAAACGGACUGGCUUUUCUAUGUCUGUUAGCAUAUGUAGUUCUGUUGCAGUUACUAUUUGAGCUUAAUAUAGACGACACUAAUUAGUUGACAAACAACGUCCACCCCUCCACGGGAAAAGAGAAAUAUAGAGAAUAGAGUGUGAAAAUUGUCAGUUGGUUCAUCUCAAAAAGAAAAAACGAGCCCUCACCAUUACAAGAGCUUACGAUAAACAUAUUAGGAAAAUGCCUUAAAAUCGAAAAGUAACAAAAACGGAAUAUUGCUAUAUUAUGUAAUAUUCCGAUUAUCUUAGAGUACGAACAUUCUCUAGGAGUUUAACCAUUUUGCAACAGCAAUUUCCAAAGUUUAGACUCUCUAAAAACAUUCUGCCAGUUCUUUUUGAGCUUUGGUAAUUUCAUGUGUUCCUUAGUUGUCUGGGAGCUGUCAAAUGGUAUUCUGCUCACAUAAAAUUCAGGUGCUUCGUUUGGUUAUUUUUCCUUAUACGGGAGCUAUGCCCAGACUGGGUUAUAACGUGAAUUCUAGUUACUUAGCUCUGGCACUAGUUGACUUCCUGGAUUAUGCUAGUUUUGACUCCUAUUAGUGAUCUAAAGACAUCCUAUGUUUAAUGUCGCUCAAAUUUAUCAUUUCAGUCAACUUGUCUAAUUUUUUCUUACAGUUUAUAUCUUUGUUAUGUUCCAAUUUGGGAUGCAAUGAAUCAUGUUCCUCAGCAUGUAGACAUCCCCUCACAUGGGGUGUAUGACGCAUCAGAAGUUGGGGAAAAUUGUAAAUCGCACCUUAAAUCCACGGGAAAAUAGUUGAAUCCGCAAGGAUUGAAAAAUAAAUGCUCCCUCGCAUCCUCAGGGGGCCGGUCCAAUCGACAAGCAGGUAGAAGAGGAAAAUACUUAUUCUGUGUUGAGAAGAAAAACAACCUGGUCUAUAGUGCGCCUCUUAAAAGGCCAAAAGUAACCGUAAAUCCUGGAAACAAUAGGACCAGAGAUAACUAUUGAGUUCUUAGAAGAAAGAAAACAGGUAAAACCCUAGAUAAUUCUUAGAAGAAAACGCGUUUCGAUGUUUAUGGGUCACCUAACAACACUUGUAGACACUUCCUCGUUCUACCCGUUCGGACCUUCUGAGCUGUGCUUUUUUAGGCGCUUCCACUUCCUAUCAAUUCGUUCUACAUCAGCGUAGUCACCACGAGUUGAUCCUUUUCUCAUCUUCUUGUUUGCAGUUCUAUAUAAAGACUGGCCAGUGCAAGUUUGGAGAGAGGUGCAAGUUUCACCACCCUAUUGAUCGAUCUGCACUGGCAUCUUCAGUGUUAAAACAGUCUGCUGAUCAGAGUAUUAAGCUUACCCCUGCAGGGCUGCCAAGAAGAGAGGUACGCAAUGAUCUCUCUCUCUCUCUCUCUCUCUCUCUCUCUAGAAAUAGGUUAGCAGAAAUAUGAAAGAACGGUACCUUGUCAUUCUCUUUUGUAAUUCCGCAUUUUUAGGUCUGGAUUUUCAAGUGCCACUAAACAGGGAUUCCUACGCUCUUCGAUCUUUGGCUGACAUUUCUUAGAACCCAAUAGUGAAUAACUUAUGAGAAGAGGAUAUAAUAUACGCAAAAUACUGGUGCCGUUCGGUUUAGAAGAUGAUUCAUUCAAUGCUGUAAGUCAUCCCAUAAAUAUGCUACCUUGUUUCAAAAUGGUCUGUUCAACCUCUUCCCCAUUGCAAUUUAGAAACACAAUUUUCUUCAGGCAUCGGAUGACAGUCAGCAGUGCCGCAGGAAGAGGUAUCAGAGAGUAGAUCACGUGAAGUUCAUGAUCUCUCAUCUUUUCUGGGGCUGCCCUAAUUAUCGUUUUCCCCGGAUCGAGCUCCGGAUGGUUUCUUCUUUCUUAGAUCUUCAUCAUCAUGAAUCUUCGUCACGAAAAAAUGGGAUAUUAUUGUUAUAUCAUAAUUUAUAUUUUCUGUCUGCGGUUAUCAUAGCCAUAUACUGAUAAAUCUGGGUGCCGACUUUCAGGGAGCAAUCAUCUGCCCUUACUACAUGAAAACGGGCACCUGCAAGUUUGGUGCUUCCUGCAAGUUCGACCACCCAACCCCAGCGGAAGCCAUAGCCAUGGCUGCCGCCAAGGACGCCUCCGCCUCUGAUGCUACAGCGCAGGGGGAGGAAGUGGAAGACCCCGUACAGGAGCAGGCGCAGCUGGAAUAA